UGAGAUCCAAUAUCCGCUCGUCGUCCUUCCUCGCAAAAACGCCGCGUUACCGCUUCCGUCUACCACAAUAUCUCCGCCCUCGGCGACCUCUCAUCCCUUCGCAAUCGAGAGACAGAGAGAGAGAACGAGCGUUUGCUUUGCAAUGGGUCUGCAGGAAGAGUUUCAAGGCUAUUCUGGAAAAGCUAAAACACUACCAGAGUCAACUAUGAACGAGAACAAAUUCAAUCUAUAUGGACUGUACAAGCAAGCAACUGUUGAACCAGUGAAUACCAAUAUGGAUUUUUUCAAUAGCUUUCUCUGUGAAUCAUCCCCAUCUGAGAAUUUGUUUUCUCAUCCGGAUGUUAAAAGGUGUCCAUUUCUGAGGAACAUUAACGAGCCCACUAACUUAUCCUUCUUAUCAUCUCUCAUUAAAUUCCCAAUUGCAGGUGCAAAAGGUCCAAUCUUUGAGGAUGGACCCAAUUUUGAUUUCGCAUUCAAGCUUUUCCAUGGGCGUGAUGGAGUGGUUCCACUUACUGAAAAAUCAUAUGUACAUGAGGAGAACAUGGAGACUGAGCCUGUAUUGCAGUUCAACCCUUUGGCAGGAAAAGCAGCCUCUAUUAGCCUAUCAGGUUUUGGGUUGGGUGGUCCCUUUGGUUUUGAUUUCUUUGCUAAAAAGUGGAAGAAGGCGAAUAAAAAUUCCCCACAGAGGGGUGGAAAGAGUAGAGAUGGUUCGUCACAUGAAGCAUUAAGCAAUGAAUGGCUCGAGACAGGUCAGUGUCCACUAGCGAAGUCUUACAGGGCAGUGAAUGGUGUCCUGCCUCUUGUUGCAAAGGCACUACAACCACCACCUGGUAUGAAACUCAAGUGCCCGCCUGCCAUAGUAGCUGCCCGAGCAGCACUAGCUCGUACAGCCCUGGUGAAGACUCUCCGCCCUCAGCCGUUGCCUGCAAAAAUGAUAGCAAUUGCUUUACUAGGCAUGGCUGCAAAUGUUCCCCUUGGAGUGUGGAGAGAGCAUACUGAAAAGUUUUCACCUCAGUGGUUUGCAGCCGUCCACGCAGCGGUGCCAUUCAUCGGCAUGCUCAGGAAAUCAGUAGUCAUGCCGAAGACAGCUAUGGCACUAACCAUUGCAGCUUCAAUUUUAGGUCAGACCAUCGGUUCAAGAGCCGAACGGCUUCGGCUGAAAUCAGCAGUAGCUACGAGCACAACUGUCUCCAUGACACAGGCAACUAUAAGCUUCAGAACCAGUGGGCAUUGCGGUGAAGAGGCCACAAAAAUCUGGGAACCUCUUCCAGUCAAGAUUACAGAUGAAAGUCCAGGCUCAUUGCCGUCUGCACCAAAACCCAGCGUAUGCUUUUGAAAGACCAUAAAUCCAAAGUUCAUUAUCGAUCAAAACUGGGCUAUCCAUGCUGGUCGGUUGCUUGCUUGUAUGUCUUUGCUUGUGUGUGUCGAUAUAGUAAGUUCCUUGAACAUUGCAUUAUGUGCUAGAGGAACUGAACGAAUACUAAAUUUCAAACUUAUUCCAUUCCGCCGCUACUGCUAUUAUACGCUGGAUACUAUCGAACUUCUGUGUUCUUUAGUAAAUAAAUCAAUGUAUGCAUGAUUUUAAUACACUACAUCUUUUAGCUCAUA